ACCACUUCCACUAUUAAAGGGCGGCUUUUGUCAGCGCGCAACGUUGGAACAUCUUAUUUGUUUGGAGCGCAAACACGUCCGCUCCAGUAAAAUGUCUUCGGUCAGUGGACUUAUUCUAUUAUUUAACAACAUCGUAUCAAACGGUGUCUUCUGACCGAUUUACCGCAGCGCUCAGAAUAAAGUUUCUCAUGGUGCACUAUAUCCUGAAGAAGCACAGCGCGCUACGGGAAUCAGAAAUGAAAGCAGGACCCACACUAUUUUGCACAUUUCUCUUUAGGAAGUAUUUCAAAUGGCUUGAUUCGCAAAGCUUUUCUCGCUUUUGAUCUGCGGCUGUGAAAGAUAACCACGCGCUCCGACGGACAUUGGUUACCAUUACGCCUAUUUUACAUUUGGAUAGGCAACUGAAGCUCCAAGACAGACACACUUGAGACUCCGGAGAGCACGGCGGGGCAACACCAUGACCAGCUGCUGGCUUGCCUUGGUCGGAUUGUGGUGCAGCGCUUAUUACUGCAUGUUCCUGGUUGCGGGGAGUAAUUAUUCACUGGAUGGAAACAACGAAGUGCACCCGGGGUUUAUCCACCGGCGGCUGCGGACGCACGAGAAGAGGGAGAUGCAGAAAGAGAUCCUGUCCAUCCUCGGCCUGCCCCACAGACCGAGACCGCAUCUGUCACACGGAAAAUACAACUCCGCUCCACUUUUUAUGUUGGACUUAUACAACACUAUAUCGAGCGAGGAGAAGAGCCAAGUUGAAGGCAUCCUGGACCGGUAUGAGUCCAUGCGGACGACCCAGAGUCCUCCUCUUGCCACAUAUCAAGACACAUCCUUUCUAAAUGACGCAGAUAUGGUGAUGAGCUUCGUUAACCAAGUGGAGUACGACAGGGAGCUCUCUCCGCGGCGGCGUCACCACAAGGAGUUUAAGUUCAACCUCUCACAGAUCCCAGAGGGCGAGGCCAUCACCGCAGCAGAGUUCCGCCUCUACAAGGAGUGUGUGAGCCGCGCCUUCCGCAACGACACCUUCCUACUCAAAGUCUACCAGGUGGUCAAGGAGCAUCCUCACAGAGAGGCAGACCUCUUCCUGCUGGAGUCUCGCCGGCUGUGGGCGUCCGAGGAGGGCUGGCUGGAGUUUGACAUCACUGCCACCAGCAACCUGUGGGUGAUGAGCCCGGCACAUAAUCUGGGCCUGCAGGUCAGCAUGGAGACCAGCAGCGGCCAGAGCAUCAGCUCCAAGGAGGCGGGGCUCGUCGGACGUGACGGCGGGCUGGAGAAGCAGCCCUUCAUGGUGGCCUUCUUCAAAGUCAGUGACGUGCAUAUCCGCACCGCCCGCUCCACCGGCGGGAAACGUCGCCAGCAGAACCGCAACCGGUCCGCGCAACCGCAGGACGGAUCCAGAGGGCUAGGCCCCGCAGAUUACAACAGCAGCGACCAGAAGACGGCAUGCAGGAGACAUGAGCUCUACGUCAGCUUCAGAGAGCUGGGCUGGCAGGACUGGAUCAUUGCUCCUGAAGGCUACGCCGCCAACUACUGUGAUGGAGAAUGCUCCUUCCCCCUGAACGCCCACAUGAACGCCACCAACCACGCCAUAGUUCAGACUCUGGUGCACCUGAUGAACCCAGAGAACGUACCAAAGCCGUGCUGCGCCCCCACCAAGCUCCACGCCAUCUCAGUGCUCUACUUUGACGACAACUCCAACGUCAUCCUGAAGAAAUACAAGAACAUGGUGGUGCGGGCCUGCGGCUGCCACUGACACCGAUACCGGGGACCAAUGAGGUCGGAUUACAAGUUGGGUUGGCAACGGGCUGCUACUGCAGAAGUGACUCCUGGGUGAUGUUGACCUCAACUAGACAGCAGCUUCCUGUCCAAAUCCUCAGCCUGCAAGGAACGUCCACCCCGAAAGACCGUCGACACGUCCAAUUCACAUUCUCUCGGGACGGUUCACUUAUUGGCAACUUCACCCGACGCGUUGAGCCACCAAGCUGUCAAUCGCUUUCUCUAUUAACUGUGGAGUUUUCACUUCACGGGUCUGCGACUGAACGAAUGACUGUGUGUGAGUGUGGAGAGGAUGGAGUGUUUCAGUUUGUAUAUUAUGUGUUUAUGGAAGUGUGUGUAUGAAUACUUAAGAGGCUACUGCACCGUCUCCCUAAUUGAGAGGGAGAGGGCUAAACUGAACCGCAGUGGGGCCGGUCAGAGUGCUGCUUUCUUCUCCUUCUCCUCUCCCGCUACAUUAACAUGGUGGAUCAGUUCUCAGAGGGGGCUCGGAUAAUUACUAAUUAACAGCUUCUCUACAGCUCAUGACCGUGGGGAGUUGACUCAGUGAUGUCACUGCAUUAAAAACCAACAAUAAGCAGUGACAUCACCUGGUCAAAUGACAAGUGCAUAGAUGCUUUGAGAGAGAUGGAAAAAUACAAACUCAAGUUUCCUUUUCAGUGCAAAUGUUAAGUCAAACAACCGAAUACUAAAUGAACGAUGCAUUGGAGUCAGGAGAUUCGUAUGGCCUGACUCUUUCCUUGUGUAUUUUCUUCUUAAGUAAUAUUUGCCCUCCUAAAAUAUAUGGACUAGACCAAAGUGACCGCAGGCUAUUUUAGUAGCGCACGGCUCCAAAUAUCCUCUCCGUGUCAAUAUUUGCCGGGCACACGCUGCGCUGCACCAGGCUGGUUAAACGUGAUGCAUGUUGUGGCUAAACUGAUGUUUUUCUCCAAAGAACCGAAGAAUACAGCCUUAUCCCUCCGACGUACCGCUAAUGGCCAUUUCCAUGUUGCUGCACUCGCAAAGUUAACAAACGCUUCCAACCCUGACAACCCAUCACGAGAUUGUGGAAAAACAUGUCGAGUCCAAAACAGCCGGCAGAACCGAGUGUGUGCGAGCUUUUCUGAAAUUAGACCUUUUGCUUUUUCAACCCCCGAGGGUCGAAUUAUGUUGAGAUGUGUCAAAUGGCAACAGUCUUCCCAAUUGAAUAUGUUACUGUGAGCUUUGGAUGACAUGGAGUUUAUUUUAAUGAAAAACUAACCAACAAGAAUCAAUACCGUACGUGCCUAACCAAUCAUCAAUUACAAAAUAUACCUCUGGUAAGCUGCUGUUUACAUGUGAUCAUGUUUAGUCUGUUUUUUGUAAAUACUUGUACAUUUUCAGCUUAUUUAUUGCACCUUUUAUUAAAAAAAGACAAAACGCAUACCGUAUUAACAGACAGAUGCAAGGACGAAAUGAAAUACAAACUUAUUUUUGAAAUUUUUGAUUAUGAAAUCUCAUGUUACAACUUGCCAUUAUUCACUUUUUGUACAAAACCCAUGGGUGUGCACAGCCCAUGAUUCAUAAGGAAAAAAAUACUUCUGUCACUGGAGUUCCUUAGACCAUGUGCUAUCCAUAAAAACCUUUACAGACUAAAAAAACU